ACAAUAUCUUCUUCUUCGUCUUUGCUACACUCUCCACCGGUUAAAGAGACGGGGCCGUUUCGCUGUCCACCUUGACUGAGCCCUAGCUAGCUAGAUAACUUUUUCGUCUUGGCCCUCAAUGGCAAGGAAACUGACGAAAGCGCAGAAGAAGAUAGCAUACGAUGCGAAGCUGUGCAAGCUUCUGGACAACUACACCCAAAUUCUGGUGGUGGCUGCGGACAACGUCGGAUCGAACCAGCUUCAGAACAUUCGACACGGUCUGCGUGGCGACUCGGUCAUUCUGAUGGGAAAGAACACCAUGAUGAAGCGAACUAUUAAGAUCCAUGCCCAGAACACCGGCAACACCACCAUCCUCAACCUUAUUCCCCUUCUUGUCGGUAACGUGGGGCUGAUUUUCACCAAAGGUGACGUCAAGGAGGUUAAGGAAGUGGUUUCCAAGUACAAGGUGGCAGCUCCUGCUCGUGUAGGUUUAGUUGCACCUAUUGAUGUUGUUGUUCCCCCAGGCAACACAGGGCUGGAUCCCUCUCAGACCUCUUUCUUUCAGGUGCUUAACAUCCCUACCAAGAUUAAUAAGGGUACUGUGGAAAUUAUCACCCCUGUGGAACUCAUUAUGAAGGGAGACAAGGUUGGCUCUUCUGAAGCUGCUUUGCUUUCCAAGCUUGCGAUAAGGCCCUUCUCAUAUGGGCUUGCUGUUGUUUCUGUUUAUGAGAAUGGUUCAGUUUUUAGCCCUGAGGUUCUUGAUCUCACUGAAGAUGACCUCGUUGUGAAGUUUGCUGAGGGUGUCUGUAUGGUGUCUUCACUUUCCUUGGCUAUCUCCUACCCAUCCAUUGCAGCUGCUCCACACAUGUUUGUCAAUUCCUACAAGAACAUCCUGGCUGUUGCAGUGGCAACCGAAUAUUCGUUCCCUGAGGCAGACAAGGUUAAGGAGUACUUGAAGGAUCCUAGUAAAUUUGCUGUAGCUGUUGUUGCCGCACCUGCUACUAAGUCUGGCGCUGCUCCAGCUGCAGCAUCCAAGGUGGAGGAAAAGAAGGAAGAAGCCGCAGAUGAAUCCGAUGAUGACAUGGGCUUCAGUUUGUUUGAUUAAGUUGUCUAUGGUAAUUGAGUAUAGUUUAG